AUGGAGAAACAAUUUCAAUCUGUUUACACCAUCUCAAAAUUCAAGGAGGUUCAGGAGGAGUUUAUAGGGAAGAUGUAUUGUGACCUCAUAUCUACUUCAGAAAAUAGUUUUGGGACAAUGUACGAGGUCUGUGAAGUUGUGGCAUGCGGCGAGCGAAUGAAGAAAAAAAUAUUUUUUGUGUCAUUUCAAAAGGAGAAUUGUCAAUUCAUUUGCGGCUGUCACUUGUUCGAGUUUAGGGGUAUAAUUUUUAGGCAUGCGAUAUCGGUGUUGAUCCGUAAUUGCAUCACAUCAAUACCGGAGAGGUACAUACUGAGACGAUGGAGAAGAGAUGUUAGUAGAGCACACGCGAGGGUGGCUGUGAACUACGCUGGGUUGGUUAGUACACCUAGUCAGUUGAGAUAUGACAAUAUGUGUCAGUCUUUUGCUGGGUUGGCAGAUCUUGCUGCUGAUGAUGACGGGCAAACUCGCGCCAUAAUGGACUGGAUAGAAUCGCAGUGUACGGUUCUUACGUUGACACGGACGAGUACAAGCACAAAUGUCCUCGCACACCAUACGGUACAAUUAGGCCCCCAGUGUAAUGUAUCGCAGAAUACCUCGAGCGGGAGCGUACGAGACCCUCUCGUAUCAAGAAGAAAGGGUGCACCAAAGAAACUUCGAAGUAAAAGCCCGUUGGAGUCGAGUUCGAAGAAAGUAAAGGCAACAUCGACAUCGUGCAAAGGAAAGAGACCAAAUUCGAGUCAGAGUGCUACUCCAAAAACUAAAACCAGCUCAACCAUGAGAGUUGUAAUUCCUGCUUUUCGUGGAAUUAGGGGUCACGUGAGGAAAAGUAAGAAAACCAAAUGCCUGGAAAAAGUUGCCUAUCAAACAGGCAGAAAGUUGGAAAAUGGUGGGGAAUUUUCCAUUUUCCAUGGAAAAUAUGGCGUAUCAAAUAGAACCUAA